UUUAUCGCAUUUUAUUCCGAAAAAGAACUACAUAACAUAACGGACAAAUUGCCGCAUUUAAUUUAAAUUACCCAGGGCCUUUUACAACACUUUGAUUACUGCGUACAGCUGUUUUCUUGGCGUUUAUCCAUACUGGCAUUAUUUGUGGUGUGUACAAAAGAGCAAUUUUACGGAAAUAAAGCAUGAGUUCAGGGUUUGUGACUGAAGCUGAGGCCGCUGAGCAGAGGCAGAGACGUCAGGAAGAAUGGGAGCGCGUACGUCAGCCGGAGGAUCCACUAGAACGACCCGAGGAACCUUACGACGGACGCUCCCUGUACGAACGCCUUAAACAGAAUAAGGACAAAAAGGACAUGGAGUACGAGGAGGCCCACAAGCUGAAAAACCUUAUUCGCGGCCUGGAUGAUGAUGAGGUGCAGUUCCUAGAGCUGGUCGAUGCCCACAAGAUGAACGCAGAGCGCCAGCAAAUGCGUGAUGAGGAGCUGGAGCUAAAAGACUUUCGUAAUCGCGUUGAAAAGCUACAGGAAGAGAGUGUGGACAAGAAACUCCAGGCAGAGCUCAAAACCACGGCCAAAUCCGCAGGAGCCUCUGCCGGUCGCAGCACUCAAAAGUCGCUGCUUGGCCAGGGCAUCAAGCGGAAAAACGGGGAAGUGCCCACCACCAGCAAGGUUGCCAAGAUCGCCGACGAAGAGGUGGUUCAGAGCGCAGCGGAUGCGGCGCCCAAGGAUCCAGAGAAAACAACAAACACUACGUUAACCACAAACAAAUACGACCAGGGAGCCCUGAAAUGCAUUGCCGUGCUGCCUGGCAUUGGUUCAUACACAGAGUCCAGCGAUUCGGAAGCCAGCACGGAUGAGGAGCCCGACUUGUGCAGCCGGACCGACUUGUGUGGCCGCAAAAUGCCCAAGAAGAAGCAGUGCAUCGAGUAGGAUCAACUUUUUAUUUGGAUUCUUAAUUUGUAGUUUCUUUCCUUGCAAGAGAAUAUAGCCUAGAGUGUAAACAUAA